GGCGCAUGCUCAGAUGCCUUCAAGAUGGCGGCUGCGGCUGCUGCACGAGCGGUUCCUGUGAGCUCUGGAUUCCGAGGCCUGCAGCGAACACUGCCACUUGUAGUGAUUCUCGGGGCUACUGGCACUGGCAAGUCUACCCUGGCUCUGCAGUUAGGCCAGCGGCUCGGCGGCGAGAUCGUCAGCGCCGACUCCAUGCAGGUCUAUGAAGGACUAGACAUCAUCACCAAUAAGGUCUCUGCCCAAGAACAGAAGAUGUGCCGGCACCACAUGAUCAGCUUUGUGGAUCCACUUGUGACCAGCUACACUGUGGUGGACUUUAGGAACAAAGCUACUGCCCUGAUUGAAGAUAUUUUUGCUCGAGACAAAAUUCCCAUUGUGGUGGGAGGAACCAAUUAUUACAUUGAGUCUCUCCUCUGGAAAGUUCUUAUUACUACCAAGCCCCCAGAGACGGGCACCGGGAAAGCGGUUGAUCGGAAAGUAGAGCUUGAAAAGGAAGAUGGCCAUGAACUCCAUAAACGGCUAAGCCAGGUGGACCCAGAAAUGGCCGCCAAGCUACACCCACAUGACAAACGCAAAGUGGCCAGGAGCUUGCAAGUGUUUGAAGAAACAGGAAUCUCUCACAGUGAAUUCCUUCAUCGGCAGCACGCAGAGGAAGGCGGUGGUCCUCUCGGAGGCCCUCUCAAGUUCCCUAACCCGUGCAUCCUCUGGCUUCACGCUGACCAGGCAGUUCUAGAUGAGCGCUUGGAUAAGAGAGUGGAUGACAUGCUUGCUGCCGGCCUCUUGGAAGAGCUGAGAGACUUUCACAGACGCUAUAAUCUUAAGAACAUUUCAGAAAAUAGCCAGGACUAUCAACAUGGUAUCUUCCAGUCAAUUGGCUUCAAGGAAUUUCACGAGUACCUGACAACUGAGGGGAAAUGCACACCAGAGACUAGUAACCAGCUUCUAAAGAAAGGUGUUGAGGCUCUGAAACAAGUCACUAAGAGAUAUGCCCGCAAACAGAACCGAUGGGUUAAAAACCGCUUUUUGAGCAGACCUGGUCCCAGUGUCCCCCCGAUAUAUGGCUUAGAAGUAUCUGAUGUUUCCAAGUGGGAGGAGUCUGUUCUCGAACCUGCUCUCGAUAUAGUACAAAGUUUCAUCCAGGGUCACAAACCCACAGCCACUCCAGUGAAGAUGCCAUACAAUGAAACUGAGAACAAGAGAAGUUACCACAUGUGUGACCUUUGUGACCGGAUCAUCAUUGGGGACCGGGAAUGGGCAGCACAUAUAAAAUCCAAAUCUCACUUGCAUCAAUUGAAGAAAAGAAGAAAGUUGGACUUAGACGGUGUCAGUGCCAUAGGAAGCCAAAGUAAUUCCCCAGCCUAUGACCCGGAGUGCAGAGAGGGGGAGUCCUCGGGGCCGCAAGAUGGAGAGCUGAAGGCCAGUGUUUGAGAGGCAUGCUAGUGGCCUCUGCAGAGAUGUGGGGGUCAAGUCCAGGAGGGAGGGGCGCUCUCCAUGCCUGGACUGAGGAAUGCUGGGCAGAAGGCCCCACCAUCUUCUUUCAUUCUGUGGUGUGGUCUGCAGUGGAAACAGCAAGCCAUUCAGCUCCUUGUGUGCCUGUUGUGUCUGGUAAUGAUGGAGUUCAGAGUGGGAUUUUUUUUUUCUUUGAACCUUAAAGGUUUUAUUUUAGAAAGAGGCACAGAUUGCACAUUUUCUACUUGAGAAUCUUUUUUAGUGGUGAAUACCAAGAUUCAGUACAUCCUUUAAAAGAGAGUUCUUGUCCCUGGUGCUGGCUAAAAAUAUCUCAUUUCCAGAUGCUUUUGUAGAUGACUGAAGUAUUGUAAGGCACAGUCAGGAGUUCUGGACUUGAGAACGGCAGGAAGGAGCAGCCCAGAGAGAUGAUUAAGCGAGCUGUCCCAGCUCUGUGAAGCUACAGAAGAUGGGGUCAGGCUGAGGUGGUUGUGACCUGGAUCUUGAAGACUAAAGAAAGAAUCCGAGCCUGUUGAGCUGCUCCUGUGUGUGGUGGCUGUCGCUGCUGUCAUCUAGGACAGAAACUAUAGGUUCUUUUGAAAUGUAAAUAAAGAUUUGUAAAAGCCCUAUAAUGUA